AUGUUGACUACCAUAUCGCCUAUAACGAAUCAGCCGCUCAUUGAUACGCCCGAGGCCACUAUCGAGACGGCAAAAGCUGCAAUUGACGCGGCUGCGACGGCUCAAGUCAGUUGGGUCAAGCUCUCUCUUGGCGAGCGCAAGCAAAAGGUCGCUAAGCUUUUGGAUGUCCUGGAGGCGGAUGCGGAUAGUCUGGGCAAGCAGAUCACAGAGCAAAUGGGCCGCCCUAUUCAGUACACACCCGGCGAGGUCAAAACGGCCGCAAUGAGGGGCAGAGUCAUGCUCGGUUAUGCCGACGAAGCGCUGGCUCGUCGAGAUGUGGACUUGGACGCUCGCCCUGCCAUCACCAAGUACCUCACUAAAGAGCCAAUUGGGGUUGCUCUUAUUAUCUUCCCCUGGAAUUACCCUUAUUUGUGCUUGGUGAACGGAUUGGUACCUGCUUUGCUUGCUGGCAACACUGUUAUCAUCAAGCCUUCUCCGCAGACUCCUCAAGUGGCUGAGGCAGUUGUGUCAGCUGCGGCAAAGGCAGGGAUUCCUAAUGCUGUGAUUAGUGCUAUUCACACUGGUGAUAACAAACUCGUUGAACAGAUCAUUCAAAACAGAUCCAUUGGUGCCGUUGCCUUCACUGGGUCUGUAGCCGGCGGCCUGGCCGUGCAGAAAGCUGCAGCCGGUCGUACUAUCCCCGUUGCCCUUGAACUGGGCGGUAACGACGCAGCCUAUGUGCGGGCCGACGCCGAUAUUGAUGCUACGGCGGAAAAUGUUGUUGAUGGAGCACUCUUCAAUUCGGGCCAAUCGUGCUGCUCAAUUGAGCGGGUAUAUGUGGACGAGAAGAUCUACGAUAAAUUUGUGGAUGCUGCAGUUAAGGUUGUCAAGGGCUAUAAAGUAGGAGAUCCGCUGUCUGGAAAAGUCCAAUUAGGUCCGAUGGUAUCUGCUGCAUCUGCUGCUCGAGUCAGUAAAGACGUGGAGGAGGCAAUCAAGUCUGGUGCCAAGGCACACAUUACCCCAGGGCUAGAUUUGGGACCGACCUAUCUUUACCCGCAAGUCUUGACAGACUUGUCCCCCCAGGACCGGGUGCUGAAAACUGAGACGUUUGGACCAGUCUUACCGAUUGUCAAGGUUUCGGGUGACGAGGAGGCUAUCAAGCUAAUGAACGACGACGAUUUCGGAUUAACUGCAUCUGUAUGGACAUCGGACUGCACGCGGGGCGAUGAGAUCGCUUCGCAAAUCGAGGCGGGCACGGUGUUUGUGAACCGCAGCGAUUAUCCAGACCCGCACUUGGCAUGGACCGGGUACAAGCUGAGUGGCCGUGGCGUUUCACUAUCGCCGUUUGGGUUUGAUUUUUGGGUCAAAGUCAAAAGCCACCACGUGAAAACUGCCGCUUAA